AUGGCUAAAGAUAAGGAGCGUUCGAUCAACCCGGCGGCCGCGCAGCGGAAACUAGAAAAACAGAAGAGUCUCAAAAAAAGCAAGGCUGAAGCGCUUGCCCGCCGAAAUGAGAAGCUGGCCCGUCGCAAUCCAGAGCGCAUCCAGCGGCAAAUCAACGAGCUGAAGGAAAUGGAACAGUCGGGACAGAGCCUGCGACCACGUGAGAAACAGAUCUUGGAAGCUCUCGAACGGGAUUUGCGGGCCGUGCUGAAGGCCCGUGAAGCUUUGGGCGAUAAGGCACCCAAGUUCGCGAGCUCACAGCACCAGCGGGGUGACGAUCAUCCGCGGGAACGGAGGGACGGUGGGGUACUGGGGAAGCGAAGACGGGAUAACCAUGGACGCUUUGGAGACCAAGAUAGUGACAGCAGCGAGACGGACGAAGAAGUUCGGAGGAUACCCAUGCCACGGGAUACCCCCCCGCCUAUCCCACGCGAGUACCAGAGAAGGAAAGAGGCAAAUGCAGGCGGCCAGGCUCGCGGGCCUCAUCCUCUCCCGGCGAAACCUCUGGUAACAGAAUCGAAGACUGUUUACGAGGCAAAGCCCGAAAUUCGCGACCUACGAAAAGAAGCCGUCAGCAAAUUCAUCCCAGCCGCAGUCAGAGUCAAGAAAGAAUCAAUACGAGGCCAGGGCAAGCUGUUAGAGCCGGAAGAGCUGGACCGGCUAGAAAAGGCCGGGUACAACGCCGGCCCCGCAGAAACGACCACCACCGCCGAUGAACAGUCCAGACUCCUGGAAGAAGAACGACGGUUUGACCAAGAACUCAAGUCCGUCCAAAUCGAAGAAGUUGAAGACGAGGAAGCAUGA